UCAGUGAACACAUCAGGAAGGAAAUAGCAUCAAAUAAUGGAAUGAGAACCGCAGCCAUAGUUAUGUUCAUUGGCGCAAUGAUUUUCACCUGGAUAACUACUGAGACAAGGAAAGCAAAGAAGCCCUUCUGUAUUGUUUUUAUGGUUAUUUUUACAAUGAUUAUCGGCUACUGUAUUAUGAUGCUCUCUUGUGUUGUUGGGAGCCCUAUUCCAUUGAUUUGUGUUGGAAUUAUCGCAAUUGUGUGUAUUCUCACUAUAUUAUUUCUUCUCCAGAAAUGGAUUACAUUCACCUUGAUAUCUGGUAUGCUCUUCACAGUGGUGGUUGUGCCUUCCUUAAUGGGAAUUUCGACUGCUAUAUUUAAUCCAGUCAUGGAUUGUGUGAAUGGUGGAAUUGCAGCCUUGAUCUUUAGUUGGUGGGUGAUGCUGAUCACUUGGUGCAUGGUAGAGGACCGUAAGAAAAAUGGAUUACAACCAGACCAAUAUCUCGCUAUACAGCCUUUCGUUUUUGCUGGGGUACUUUUUCUUCCCUGGAUUCUCCUAGGAAUUAUCUUCUGCAAGUUUGAGUGGAAGAAGUAUAAAUAAACAUGUUAGAGGUCUUAACGUGUUUAGUGGAACCAGUAUAAUAAAACAGGUCUGAGGUCCUGUGUUUAGUGGAACCAGUAUAAUAAAACAGGUCUGAGGUCCUGUGUUACUUGGGACCAGUAUAAUAUAGCAGGUCUGAGGUCCUGUGUUACUUGGGACCAGUAUAAUAUAACAGGUCUGAGGUCCUGUGUUACUUGGGACCAGUAUAAUAUAACAGGUCUGAUGUCCUGUGUUACUUGGAACCAGUAUAAUAUAACAGGUCUGAGGUCCUGUGUUACUUGGGACCAGUAUAAUAUAACAGGUCUGAGGUCUUGUGUUACAUCACCCAUCAUAACCAGAACUUCAUAUAACUCUGAUGAUUUAUACAUUACACUCUUACCUUGUUCAUAUGCACUCAUUUUUUUCUUUAACUACGUAUUUUCAUUGGAAUCAUGCUCUUUUUUACCGAAAAAUUAGCCAAAUUUUGUCAACUCUUCUUACAGUUUUUAUGUGAGUUAUGCCCUUUCUGUUAAACCAAAUCUUGCUGAUUCUGACUUUCACACAUUCAGAUUGUAAUGUUCAGAAUAAUGCUUAUAAAAUAUGUUAAUAAACUUUUAUGAAAUUUCCUUUAAAAUGUCAUCAAUUCAUGUACACGUACAACUGUACAUUGCAGUUUACAUUAUUGUUGGAAUAUGUAUGACUGAAGGGUAUAAACUAGACUGGCACUACCACUUCUAGUGUUAUCAGGUACAAACAAUAUAUAUUAUACUCAGUCCAAUCAGGAUUUUUGUCUUAUUCAUCCAAAGAAUUCAGACAAUGAUAAUGUAUAACAAAUAGACUCUCUAAAUCCAGUCAAACAAUUGUCAAAACUCUGUACUCAGUAAUCCUUUCCACAUCACAUAUAUUCUAGAGCAGUGAAAUGAACAAUUAAAUGUUUGUCAUGUAUUUCAUGUUUAAAUAUGUUUGGAUAGAUCAUACUUUAAAACAUGUAAUCAACUCUAAGUAUUCAUUAAUGUGAAAAAGAACGUAACCUCAUGAAAUCAGAAUGUGUUUACUGUUAUAAAGUGGAAAUUGGUUGUCAUAUUUCUGGCAAAAAAUCUCAAUUAUGCAAAUUGUAAGGUGUCACUAGUACAAGUAUAAGGUGUAACAUGUACAAGUGUAAGGUGUCACAUGUACAAGUGUAAGGUGUCACAUGAACAAGUGUAAGGUGUCACUUGUACAAGUGUAAGGUGUUACAUGUACAAGUGUAAGGUGUCACAUGAACAAGUGUAAGGUAUCACUUGUACAAGUGUAAGGUGUCAUAUGUACAAGUGUAAGGUGUCACAUGUACAAGUGUAAGGUGUCAUAUGUACAAGUGUAAGGUGUCACAUGUACACGUGUAAAGUAUCACAUGUACAAGUAUAAGGUGUCAUAUGUACAAGUGUAAAGUAUCACAUGUACAUUUAUAAGGUGUCACAUGUACAAGUGUAAGGUGUCACAUGAACAAGUGUAAGGUAUCACAUGUACAAGUAUAAGGUCUCACAUGUACAAGUGUAAGGUGUCAUCUGUACAAGUGUAAGGUGUCACAUGUACACGUGUAAAGUAUCACAUGUUCACGUAUAAGGUGUCACAUGUACAAGUGUAGGGUAUCACAUGUACAAGUAUAAGGUCUCACAUGUACAAGUGUAAGGUAUCACAUGUACAAGUAUAAGGUAUCACAUGUACAAGUAUAAGGUGUCAUAUGUGCAAGUGUAAAGUAUCACAUGUACAUUUAUAAGGUGUCACAUGUACAAGUGUAAGAUGUCACAUGUACACGUGUAAAGUAUCACAUGUGCAAGUAUAAGGUGUCACAUGUACAAGUGUAGGGUAUCACAUGUACAAGUAUAAGGUCUCACAUGUACAAGUGUAAGGUAUCACAUGUACAAGUAUAAGGUGUAACAUGU